CGCCCCUCUUGCGUGCCAGCGUGAGGCAGGAAGGGAAGGGAAGGGAAGCGAAGCGAAGCUGAAGGAACCAACCGCCUAUUCAAGUCCAAAGAGACCAGAGGAGUCAAGACGGCGGAGUCAGUUGCAAGCUCGACUCCCGCAAGAGCUGCUUGUCGGCCACGUUGUUGUGUCCCGUCUUCAAAAUGGCUUAUCACAGUCCUUACAGAGCUCCUCCGCAUAUAAACAACCCUCCGGAUCAGAGCUUUUUGUGGAAUAUCUUCCAGAGGGUGGACAAGGACCGCAGUGGGGUGAUAUCAGACUCGGAGCUCCAGCAGGCCUUAUCAAAUGGCACAUGGACACCGUUCAACCCCGUGACUGUGCGCUCCAUAAUAUCCAUGUUCGACAGGGAAAAUAAGGGCGGCGUGAACUUCAACGAGUUUGCGGGCGUGUGGAAAUACAUCACAGAUUGGCAGAACAUCUUCCGGACCUACGACCGGGAUAACUCGGGCUUCAUCGACAAGAACGAGCUCAGACAGGCACUGACCGGAUUUGGUGAGCAGCAAAGGUAUCGUCUAUCAGAUCAGUUUUACGGUACGCUGAUUGAGAAGUUUGACCGACAAAGGAAGGGGCAGGUGGCCUUCGAUGACUUCAUCCAAUGCUGUAUCGUACUUCAGAGGUUGACCGAUGUUUUCAGGAGGUACGACACAGACCAAGAUGGCUGGAUCCAGGUGUCAUAUGAACAAUAUCUAUCCAUGGUCUUUAAUGUAGUAUAAUGGCAGCAAAGUGCAGCACAACAAACUGGACAGAACUGUGCCCAAAAAAAAAAAAAGAAGCUACUGGCACUCCCUGGAUGUCCGCCACAGUGGUGGACACUACAAGAUUUUUUUUCCUGGCGCUACGUCGGGCUGGCUCGCACAAAUGUAUAGCAUUGAUCUAAACGAUUGACUAUCCAAGGUGUGUCAGAAAAGACUGGCGUAUAUUUCAAACACACAGGGUCUCCCUGAUGUCUAGAAUGCACAUUCCCAGUCUCCAGCACUUCUGGAAGGAUUCUUCCGGUCAGUACAGUGGAAGUUUGAAAUAUAUCUUUGGUGACACCAGUCCUGGAACUUUACUGACACAUUUUGCAUUAGGGUGCUUUUGUGUCUUAUUUUUGAAGUUGUCACAAAGUUUCAAAAAAUCUUGUAGUGUUACUUGCGGACCAAUUUUCAUUUAUGUAUGUAUGUAUCGAGCACUCCAAAUGAGGGAUUACGAUGGUGCCUUGAGAUACGAGUUAAGCAGUUGCCAUUUUCUUUUGAACUAAAAUCAUGUGUAUGGAAAACAGCCAAAUAAUUGCCGAAAUAAAGCCUCCGCCAGUUAAUUGCUUUUGCUAGUUAGGUUCUGUUUACAGAAAAUGUAUAGCGACUCAGUCAUAUACUCGCUCGUAUGCUUUGAACAAUUAUCAGUGCCAUAUUGAUGAGAGGAGUUGAGAUGUUAUGAAUCCCACCGACGUGCUAGGCCAAAACAUGUCUGUGUAAUACAAUUGCCUACUGUGGGAUUCAUAAAAACACACCUCGAUGAUCCUCAUUCUUAUCCUGACCCAGGUGGCAAAUGGAGCAGCUUUUUUUGUUGUGUUGGGACCAGAAAAAAAGCAAUCAUUACUGUAUUAAAAAACAAAACAAAAAAACAUUUGUGUUAUUUUUCAUGAGUGUUUUAAGUUAGCCUUAUUAAACUUGUAUCUCAAGGGACCAUAAUAUCACUAUUGACAGUGUCUUUUUUGUCAGCCUGUCUGUUAUUGUCAUUUUAAUCUCAGAUUUAACGAGAAAGCAUUGUUAAUAUAGUCCAUCGCAUGCUAUUCAGGGUUAACCCUCAAGUUGUCGCAUGCUCUUACACUUUUUCCUCGUCUCUUUCCUUCAGUUUAAAGCCUUGUUUACAAAUACUGUGAAAGCAGUUCUGCUUGAAAAUUGACAUGCCAGCUUACAUGCCAUAUUUUUACAAAUUUAGUUUUUUAACAUCAAAUGCUAUUAUUGGAAGAGGCUGACCUUAACGCCAUAGGUAUUGCUUAUUUUUGUGUGCAUGAUGCCUUAAAGAAUAAAAAAAAUUGCAAAUAAGUGAAUUCUUUAAUUAAAAAAAAUGGACAAAUG